AUGGCUGUCACCGACAAGUUUCUGCGAGGCGCCCGAAACAAGCUGUACCCGAAACAAGCAUGGUAUUGCAUUGGACUCUUCAUUUUUAUCAUUGCCAUCUUCCAAUGGAUCUCUUUCCUUCACUCCAAGUUCGCCGGGAGGCGUCAAGCGUCCAACGCCUCCGACCCAGAACAUGCUUCUGUGCAUCGUCGUCAUGCUUUUUCUUGGCGUCGCAUUCCAUUGGGACUCGUCAAUGCGUACCGUGUCAUUUCUUUCCGCUGGACACUCGAAUUUGGAAAGUCGUACACCCUCAACAUGGCUGAGGUUUUUGUGACUGUGGCAUACAUCAUUUUUCUUUUUGUAUGGACAUUUAUCAACACAACCGACCUCCAGGGCCACAAAUUGAACAUUUCAUACUGGUGCAACCGCUCAGGCAUGCUGGCAUCGAGCCAGUUCCCGCUGAUCACUGCACUUGGAACUAAAAACAACAUAGUAUCCUUAAUCACCGGUAUCAGCUAUGACAAGCUCAACUACGUUCAUCGCAUGAUGUCUAGAGUCGCCUUCGUCUUGCUCUGGGUUCAUGUAGGCGGCGAGGUUGUCCGACAUGCACCAUUCCAACCAUACUUUACGCAGCCGUGGCUCUUAUGGGGCUUGGUUUCCAUGGUCGCAUCUGCCAUUCUAUGUGUCGUCUCCUUGCGUCCCGUCCGAGCCCAAGCAUACGAGCUUUUCUUCUACGUUCAUUUCGCUAUGGUUUCCAUUUUCCUCAUCGGCGCUUACAUCCACACACAAGAUUCUGACGUCGCCUUCUGGAUCUACCCCUGUUUCAUAAUCUGGGGAUUGGACAGGCUCAUUCGGACCCUUCGUCUAGUGGUGUUCAACCACUCAUACUUCGGAUUCAGGUCAGGGUCUACGAUGGACGCGACCGCCGAACUCCUAUCAGAUGAUUUUGUUCGGUUGCGUUUCCACCGCCCGUCUCAUUUCCACUGGACGCCCGGGCAAACUGCCUAUCUCAUCAUGCCGUCCGUCUCACGCUUGCCAUUCGAGGCCCACCCUUUCACCAUUGCGAGCUUCAAUUCGACCCUUUUUGAUGUGCCUAAGGAACAGAAACCAGCAAGUGAAAAAUAUGCUGAGAUGAGCCUUGCAGAAGGGAAUCUUGGUUCUAGUGCUCCGUUCUGGAAAGAGCUCGUAUUUUUCAUAAACGUGCGGGAGGGGUUCACUGCCCGCUUGAAAGAUGCUGCCUUGAAAGGUGACAAAGUAAAAGUCUUUGUCGAUGGGCCAUACGGGCCUUCUCCUAACCUGGGUUCAUAUGACACAUCUGUGCUCAUUGCUGGUGGAUCCGGAGUCUCGUAUACGCUACCGGUAUUGUUGGAUACAAUAGAGCGUGUCCGCAACGGUGAAAGCAGGUGCCGUCGUGUUGUUUUCAUCUGGUCAAUUCGGAGUAUCGAUCAUAUUCACUGGAUCGACGAUGUGCUUAUCCGGGCACUCCGGCUUGCGCCUCCUUCUCUAUCUAUUUCAAUCCACAUUCAUGUUACCGGUACACCAGAAACUGCUGAGACUUUGCCAGGAUCGUAUGGCCGAACUGACGACGUCAAACCUGUGCGCGACGAUUCCCGCUCUGAGGUGGUUGAGUUGCAGGAUGGAAAAGCUAUGGAAAUAAGCAAUGACUCCCUUUUCGCGAUAGAGUCAGUCAAGCUCGUACAUCAAAGGGCCGACCUCCGGGCUAUCCUCAGAGACGAAGUGACAGUGGCGACAGGCAGGAUGUCUGUUAGCGUGUGUGGCUCACAGAGUAUAACUCGGUCUGUUCGUGGUGCUCUUCGGUUCCCGGUUUCUAGUCCUCUCAGUGUAGCCAACGGUGGGCCGAGUGUGACUCUACACAUCGAGUCGUUUGGUUACGCUUGA